UGCCAAUUACAACUUCAACUAAAACACUUGAAGUCUCGCAGUUUAAACACCGGCGCCCAUAGAACGCAGCAUAUUGACUGCUUUUUUUUUGUUGAAUUUUGUUACAUAAAUAAUAAUACAAAUUACAUAAAUAAUAAUGAAAAUGCUACGGAGAGGGCAUGCAGUGCUGCCUUUCUUAUUGGCCUGGGUCUUGAGGCUCACACAAGCUCUUGCUUCAGCUCACGAUCGCCUGCAGGAUGAAGCAGCUGCAAAUUCCAUGUCAGGAACAGGAAACUUGGAUCGUGGAGGGAACUUGAGCCUGCUUACUGUUUUAAACAUUUCUUAUGCUGAGGACCUUUUUUCUGAACAGAAUUACUAUUCAACAAAUGGAAAAAGAGAGCUUUCUGAGAUUGCUGGUUAUACUGCAGAUCAACUGUGGCAGUCUCUUGAUCAUGUUGAUACUGAAUCUGAUGCUGCAAACUAUGGGCUUUUUGAUUUUAGCAAGCAUUAUAGGCAUGAUGAAGAUGCAUUUGAACAGCCUGUCUUUUCCAAUCCAGAUAGUGAUGACUUCAAUUCUGAUUUGACCAAGGACUCUGUCCCUUUUGUUGCUGAUGAGUACCCUAUGGCUUCAGAAUCUGAAGGAGAUGGUGAACAUGUACUCUUUACUGAGCGGAGUAAUGACCCUGAUGCUGACUUCCCUGAAGUCUUUGAGCAUGCUGAUGUAGCUACUUCAGAUAAAGAAAAUGUGUCCAGUACCCUUGAUCUUCUAGAAGUCCAUGACUCGGUUAUUGCUCUUCCAACAGAAAUGGGUACAGGUGAAUUUGGCAAUGAAGAGUUUGGGUCUUCUGACAAAUAUAAAUCUGAAACCCGAGGCUAUGAUUCUGUCUCCUUUUCAGAUCUUGAAAAGGAAGGCACUGAUACUUUGCAUCCUGAUGUGCAUUCCUAUCAUCGUGAGGACCUAGUUACUGGUGACCUUAAUGGAAUGCAUGUUUCAUCGUUUGACCGUUCUGUGCUUACUGAUAUAAAUCUGGAGUUGGAAGAAGCUCUUUCUCCAGCUUUCAAGAUUGAACGUGCACACAACUCUCCUGAUCUCUCCGGAGGUCACACGUUGCCAACCAGCGUCUAUGAUGCCUCUAUCGGACCCUAUGGAGUCUUUAAUCUACCUAUUACCCAACAAGACCCUCUCCUCCAUAGCACAGGAGGAGAGCCAACCACCAGCUUGGCUUCAGCAACUACAUGUGGUGUCGCAGACAUGACCAUCAAUUUAUUUGGUGGAAGGUUGACAGACCUCAAAGUGCGAGCUCCCUUUAUACUUGUUGAAGUAAGCAAGGUUGUGCAGAGGUGCCAGUACAUGGUGUUGGAGAAAAAUGGAGUUGUCAUCUUUACAACUGCUUUCAAAGGUUGCAAUGUGAAAGCACUGGAUGGGCAUCAUGUCUUGACCCUGAUGUGGAGAAACAAAUAUGUGAAUAUGUCCUGUCCAAUUCCCACACCUGAUAGACCUAUUACAAUCUGUGGUAAGAGUAGCAUGACCAUCAAACUCCCAGCAGGACCAAUAGAAGCACUUCGUGUAAAAGAUAAAUUCAACAAAUGGGUAUCCAUUUACGAAGUUGCUGUUAAAUGCAAAUAUCAACUGCUGAGUGAUUCAGAGGGAAGGAUCACUUUCACUACUUCCUACAAUGGAUGUCACGUGAGGAGAUCGAUGGAUCGUUAUUUCUAUAACAUCUACUAUCAAAUGGCUCCAGGGAAGCUAGAACAAGCAGUCAUGUCUUGUAGGACCGGUAUUAAUGUUACAGUCCCACCUGAAGAGUCUUUGCCUUCAGUGUUUUGUGGCAAGUCUGGCAUGAUGAUCAAAUUGCCUAAGGGAAGUCUUAACGCAGUCAAAGUGAGAGAUGGUUUUGGCAAGGCAAUACCUGUCCGUAGUAUUGCCAAGAACUGCAAUUACCAACUCUUUCAAAUGAAGACUGGACACAUCAUCUUGAUUGCUUCCUUCCAAAGCUGUCAAAUUGCAUUUGUGGAUGGUUGCUUUGCCUUGAGCCUGCAAUUCCAGCAUGCUGAUCGUGUAAUGGGAGAGGUCUCUGCGCUUUGCCAUGCGGGUGAGAAGCCAAAACCAACUUCCCAACCUGAGACUCCUACAACUCAAGAAGUAACUUCCAGUAUACUGUCUACAGUAAUUCCUGCAGAUGUGUCUGCUACCAUCUGCAACAAGGAUGGCAUGUCGGUAGUUCUACCCAGUGGUCCUUGGUGGGGGAUUAGAGUGAAAGAUCUUUAUGGCAAAGAAAUUAUUGUGACUAGUGUGGUUGCUGAACGAUGCCAUUACGAGCUCUCUCUGCAUCUGGAGAAAAGAAUCUUUACGACUACCUACACUGGCUGUUUUGUUGAGCAAGUGGGAGAUCGGUAUGUCCUGACUGUAAUGUACAGGACAGCUACUUGGAAUCGAGGGUCUGUGCGGAUGGAAUGCCCAACCAGUGCUGGAAGCCCUACAGAAUUGCCUCCUCUUCCAGCCACUGUGGGGAAACCCAUUCCUGUCUGCAGGUCCUCUAACAUGACUGUGGUGCUGCCUGCAGGAUCUCUGGAAAAAGUCUUGGUUCUAGAUGAAUUCAACAGGACAGUUAAAGUCAUUGAUGCACCCAAGUCAUGCAAUUACAGCUUGGUGGAGAGAAGAGGACAGAUCCUCUUCACCGCUUCAUACAGUGCCUGUGAUGUCAAGAUCCUGAAUGGAAACUAUGUCCUAGCCAUUAUCUAUACUACUUAUUCUGGAGACUUUGCAUCAGUGCAGAUAGAAUGCCCUACCAGUGGAGAACCAACAAAACCCAUUCCUCCAACUCCUGUCUGCGGAGAUUCCAGCAUGAUGGUGGAGCUGCCUGAGGGGCCUCUGGAACAAGUCAAGAUAAUGAAUAAAUCCAAUGGGCUAUGGGUAGCUGUAAAGGAUGUCCCAAAGAACUGCAACUACACAUUGAUGAAGGAAAGAGGAAGAAACCUCUUCAUAACCUCCUACAAGGCCUGUCAUGUCAGGAUGCUGAAUAAAAACUAUGUUUUGAGUAUACGCUACAUGAGGAUGGGAAGUGCAUUCUUUGUGAAUAUGAGGUGCCCAGUAACAGAAACCACUACAGGAAAGUCAACAAAACCAGCUGUAGUCUGCAGAAACACCAGCAUGAUGGUGGAACUGCCUGAGGGAUCUCUGAAGCCAGUGCAGGUCAUUGGUAAAGACAACAGGCCAGUGGAUAUCAGUGAUGCAUUCAUAAAAUGUGGAUAUCUCUUGGUAGAGAGAGGAGGAAAGAUCAAUUUAACAGCUGUUUACACCGCCUGCGAUGUAAAGAUUGUGAAUAAAAACUAUACCGUGAUGAUAAUCUACACCACUACAUCUGGCAAGAGAGAGAUGGUGCAAAUGAGUUGUCCAACCAGGGCUGUACAGCCAACAGCCCAUACUACUAGGAAGCCAGUGACUACUGAGAAAUCUACAAAACCAACUCUCCCUCCCACUGCUGUCUGCAAAGCCUCCAGCAUGACUGUAGAACUGCCUUCUGAGUCGCUUCAAGUUCUACUAUUGAAUCUGUCCAACGAAUGGGUAGAUAUCAAUGCUGCUCCCAGUUACUGCAACUACAGUUUGGUGCAGGGAAGAGGAAGAAGGAACUUCUUUACAACCCCCUACAAGGCUUGUGAUGUCCGGAUACAGAGUGGGAACUACAUUUUGAAAUUAAGUUACAUAACCCCUGUUGGACGAGAGUACUUGGACAUUAGAUGUCCAAUCGGUGCUUGGGAUCCGACGCCGACAAGCAGUGCUGGGGAUCCGACGCCGACAAGCAGUGCUGGGGAUCCGACGCUGACAAGCAGUGCUGGGGAUCCGACGCUGACAAGCAGUGCUGGGGAUCCGACGCUGACAAGCAGUGCUGGGGAUCCGACGCUGACAAGCAGUGCUGGGGAUCCGACGCUGACAAGCAGUGCUGGGGAUCCGACGCGGACAAGCAGUGCUGGGGAUCCGACGCUGACAAGCAGUGCUGGGGAUCCGACGCCGACAAGCAGUGCUGGGGAUCCGACGCCAAGCAGUGCUGGGGAUCCGACAGGGUCUGCUCCUAGCCUGAUAUUUUGCAACUCUUCCACUAUAAAAGUGGAAUUGCCAGGGGGACCUCCAGAAAAAGUGAAAGUAAUGGAUAAAUCCAACAAUCCUGUAGCUGCUUCCUGGUGGUGUGGGUACAGGGUGGUGCAAGAGAUGGGCAAGAAUGUCUUCACAGCCCCUUACACGGCCUGUGAUGUUCAGAGACGAAAUAAUUACUACUACUUGACUGUACUCUACACCACUGCUUUGGGGAAACCAGGAUAUGUGCAGGUGAAAUGCCCAUCCAGUGCUGGCCCAACAACCCAUCCCUCUACAACUACUGCUUUGGUAUCUGAUCCUAUUAAAACUGCCAUCUGCAUGUCCACAAGCAUGAUGGUAGAGCUACCUAAGGGAGCUAGAGAUGUCCAAAUAGACAAAUCCAAUCGGACAAUAAUUGUUGGUGAAGCUCCCAGAGAAUGUGGGUACAGUAUGUUGCAGAGAAAAGGAAAGUACAUCUUCACAGCUCCUUACACGGCCUGUGAUAUCGAGACACAAAAUGAGAACUAUUACCUGACCUUGAUUUACUUCACUGCAACUGGGAAACGAAGGCUAGUGCAGAUGAAAUGCCCAGCUACUUCUCCCUCUACCACUACUGGAAAACCUACAAAACCAACCCCCCCUCCCUCUGCUGUCUGCAAAGCCUCCAGCAUGACUGUAGAAUUGCCUUCUGGGUCACUUCAAAUUCUGCUAUUGAACCCAUCCAACAAAUGGGUGGAUAUCAAUGAUGCUCCCAGUAACUGCAACUACACCUUGUCUCAGGAAAGGGGAAGGAACUUCUUUGUAACGCCCUACACAGCCUGUGAUGUCAGGAUACUGAAUAAAAGCUAUGUUUUGAAAAUAUGGUAUAUGACAAUUGGUGGCAAAAAAGGGUAUGUGGUGAUGACGUGCCCCACCAGUGCUGGAGAACCAACAGAAGUCCCUAUACCUAAGACCACAACUUGGGAGCCAACUAGAACCACUGGCAGCGACUCUACUGGAACCACUGGUGGGGUGCCAACGAAGCCGACCAGAAUGACUAGAACCACUACUAGGAAGCCAACUAGGACCACUGGUGGGGAGCCAACUAAGCCAACUAGAACCACUGGUGGGGAGCCAACAAAGCCAACCAGAACCACUACUUGGAAACCAACCAGAACGACUACUAAGAAGCCAACCAGAACCACUACUAGGAAGCCAACCAGAACGACUAGAACCACUACUAGGAAGCCAACUAGAACCACUGGUCGGGAGCCAACAAAGGCAACCAAAACAACUACUAGGAAGCCAACCAGAACAACUAGAACCACUACUAAGAAACCAACCAGAACGACUACUAAGAAGCCAACCAGAACCACUACUUGGAAACCAACCAGAACGACUACUAAGAAGCCAACCAGAACCACUACUAGGAAGCCAACCAGAACGACUAGAACCACUACUAGGAAGCCAACUAGAACCAAUGGUGGGGAGCCAACAAAGCCAACCAGAACCACUACUUGGAAACCAACCAGAACGACUACUAAGAAGCCAACCAGAAUCAGUACUAGGAAGCCAACCAGAACGACUAGAACCACUACUAGGAAACCAACCAGAACGACUACUAAGAAGCCAACCAGAAUCACUACUAGGAAGCCAACCAGAACGACUAGAACUACUACUAGGAAGCCAACCAGAACGACUAGAACCACUACUAGGAAGCCAACUAGAACCGCUGGUGGGGAGCCAACAAAGCCAACCAGAACCACUACUUGGAAACCAACCAGAACGACUACUAAGAAGCCAACCAGAAUCGGUACUAGGAAGCCAACCAGAACGACUAGAACCACUACUAGGAAGCCAACUAGAACCACUGGCAGGGAACCAACAAAGCCAACCAGAACUCCUACUAGGAAGCCUAGCGGAAGCACUGGGGAGCCAACCAAGGCCCCUACAACUGUGGUCUGUGCAGCCUCCAGUAUGGUGGUGGCGCUACCCAAGGAACCUCUAAAACAUGUCCAGUUUCUAGAUAAAUCCAACAAAUGGGUAGCUGUCAUUUAUGCUCCGGAGUACUGCAACUACACCUUGUUGCAGGGAAGGGGAGGGAACUUCUUCAUAACCCCCUACACGGCCUGUGAUGUCAGGAUACUGAAUGAGAACUACUACUUGGCCUUGCGCUAUACAACAAUUGAUGGUAAAGUAGGGUAUGUGCAGAUGAAAUGUCCAACCAGUGCUGCAGCACCCACAAAAACGCCUCCCUCUACAACCACUAUUGGAAAACCAACAAUACCCACUGUCUGCAAAGCCUCCAUCAUGACAAUAGAGCUACCUGAAGGACCAAUUGGACAAGUAGCCCUAAUAGAUAAAUCCAACACUCUGGUAACCAUCAUAGAUGAUACCAGAGAGUGUGGAUACAGCUUGGUGCAUGAGGGAGGAAAGAACCUCUUCACAACCCCUUAUACAGCCUGUGAUGUGAAGAUGCUGAGUGGUAAUUAUGUCCUGACUCUAGUAUAUGUCUCCUUUACUGGGAAAAGGGUACUGGUGCAGAUGAAAUGUCCAACCAGUGCAGCUUUACCAACAGGGUCGCCGCUCCCUCCCUUUGGGGUUCCUGUCCUCUGCAGUGAUACUUUCAUGACAGUGGAACUUCCUGGGGGACUGCUACAAGAUAUCCAGUUAAUGGAUGAAUCCAGCAACUUGGUAGCUGUUACCAGUGCUCCCAAGACUUGUGGCUACAGUUUGGUGAGGGGCAACGGCAAGAACAUCUUGACCGCUCCUUACAAAGCCUGCAAUGUCAAGAUACUGAACAACUUCUACAUCCUGAGAGUCCUUUACACAACUCUUACUGGGGAGCGAGGAGAUAUACAGGCCAAGUGUCCUGUUCCUGGUCUAGUACCACGUGAGGGGUGCAAGAUACCAAGAAGUCAGCAGGUUGCUUGUGGUCCACCUAAUGCUGAUCUACAGCUGUGUGUGGCCAAUGGAUGUUGUGUGGAUGCAACAACUUCCCAGUGUUACUAUCCUUUGGAUGCAUGCACAGCAGAUGGGCAUUUUGUAUUUGCAGUUUACCGCACCUCAACCAAGCCAGAAAUCGAUCCUGGCAGUGUAGUAAUUGCAAGAAACCACUCAUGUGCCCCAGUCAUCUGCACUCCAGACUUUGCUAUCUUCAGAUUUCCUGUGGCUAGCUGUGGGACACAUGUCUUUACGGUGGCAGAGACUACAAUCUAUCUUGCUGAAGUUGAGGGCUUGGUUCGUGGGAACCAGCAGGUGUAUGGACAAAUUUCCAGAGAUGGCCCUUAUCGUUUAUAUGUGGAAUGUCGCUAUUCUAAAGGAAGUUUGGCCAGCACUGGUUACUUGGUGGUGAACCCACCACCUCCAUCAGCAGCCUUGGCUUUUGGCUCGCUUGCAGUUAGGUUAAGGAUUGCCACAGACACCAGCUACACCAGCUUCUACCCACAGUCCCAUCUACCCCUGAGCUUCUUGCUUGGAAGCAAGGUGUAUCUGGAAGUGCAGCUUGUAAACCCUCCUGACCCCAAUGUAGUUCUGCUGGUCCACUACUGCAUCGCCUAUCCCCAGUCCUCUCAAGCUGCCUGGGUGAUCCUCUAUGAAGGUUGUCCAAACAUCCUGGAUUACAGCAGUGCUGCUGGCCUCCAUGUCCAAUACGAUAACACUCGACGCUUUGAAAUACAAAGCUUCCAAUUCCUGGACUAUAAGACCAAGCAUUAUUUGGAUGAGGAAAUCUAUUUUAUGUGUUCAACUGAAGUCUGUUCUCCUGAACACCGUGUUUGUAAUGAAGGAUGCUUUGAUGGGAGAGAUAUGCCUGUUCCAGUAGAUCCUGGUGUGGGAGGGCGCUGUGCAGGAAAGCUCUGUCCUGGGAAAUCGAACAUAGUCAAGCGAGCUGCUCAUGGACAUACCGGCCUCAUCGCUGUCGGUGAAGGAACCUUCAUUUUGGAUGAGAAUGUGCCCCAUGAACAAACGGAGAAACACUGGACGUACUUCCAUGGUCUCCUGGGGCUGCUUGGUUUGCUGGUCCCAUUAUCUGUUGUAAUGCUUUUCUUCAAAAAAUGGGUGUUCAUGCAAAUGGUCAGAUCCCAGAGAAGCAGUCUCUAACUUUGAAUAAAACUGUAUCUUUUGAAAUUCCGCCUA